UUCCAAAUUGGCCGCGGAACAAGCAUGAAGAAGCCGACGACGAUGACGAGCAGCAACGGCGCGCCGCUGCCGGCCGACGGGCUCACGGCGUCGGCGACCGCGGGCCCGAGCGGGCCGAUCGUGCUCACGGACUUUGCGCUCAUCGACCACCUCGCGCACUUUGACCGCGAGCGCAUCCCGGAGCGGGUCGUGCACGCCAAGGGCGCGGGCGCGUUUGGCUACUUUGAGACGACGGCCGACAUUACCGACGUGUGCAAGGCGAGCCUCUUUGCAGCGGUUGGCAAGCGCACGCCGGUGGCGGCGCGCUUCUCGACGGUCGGCGGCGAGUCGGGCAGCGCCGACACGGUCCGCGAUCCGCGCGGGUUUGCGGUCAAGUUUUACACGGAGGAAGGCAACUGGGACCUCGUUGGCAACAACACGCCGAUCUUCUUCAUCCGCGACCCGAUUCUCUUCCCGAGCUUUAUCCACACGCAGAAGCGCAAUCCGUCGACGCAUCUCAAGGACGCCGACAUGUUUUGGGACUUCAUCUCGCUGCGCCCCGAGACGACGCACCAAGUGUCGUUCCUCUUCUCGGACCGCGGUAUUCCGGACGGGUACCGCCACAUGAACGGGUACGGCAGCCACACGUUUAUGAACACGAACGCCGCCGGCGACGUGAGCUACGUCAAGUACCACUUCAAGACGGACCAGGGCAUCCGCAACCUUCCGGUCGACGAGGCCGAGAAGCUCAGCGCGUCCAACCCGGAUUACGCGAUCCAAGAUUUGUACGAGGCCAUUGCCCGCAAGGAAUUCCCGACGUGGACACUCUACAUCCAGGUCAUGUCGGAAGCCGACGCCGAGGCGCAGCUCGCGAAGGGCUUUAACCCGUUUGACGUGACCAAGAUUUGGGCGCACUCGGCGUACCCGCUGCGGGAAGUCGGCAAGCUCGUCUUGCACCGCAACCCGCCCAACUACUUUGCCGACGUCGAGCAGCUCGCGUUUGCGCCGUCGCACUUUGUACCGGGCAUUGAUGCGUCGCCCGACAAGAUGCUGCAAGGCCGUCUCUUCUCGUACGCCGACACGCACCGCCACCGCCUCGGCGUCAACUACCAGCAGAUUCCGGUCAACCAGCCGCUGCGCCCGCCGCAGACAUACCAGCGCGACGGUGCCAUGUCGGUCAUCGGCAACAUGGGCAGCACGCCCAACUACUUUCCCAACUCAGCCGGCGGCCCAUCCUUUGCGCUGGGCCUGGCCCAGAUGACGGCCAAGAUCCCGGCGGCGACGCGCGUCAUGAAGUACUCGACGAAGGACGACGACAACUUUUCGCAGUGCGGCGACUUUUACCGCAAGGUGCUCUCGGAGGCCGAGCGCACUCGCCUCGUCGACAACAUCGCCGGCAACCUCGUCCACGCCCACCCGACGAUCCAGGCCCGCGCGAUUGCCAACUUUGCCGCGGCCGACAAGGAGUACGGCGCGCGCCUCGCGGCCAAGGUGCAGCAGCUGCGCCAGCAAGGCAAGGGCAACGCGUCGCGCACGGCCGCUGCGGCGCCGCUCAACCCGCCCCGCGCCACGACGUACGUGCCCGUGCCGCCGACCGAAGACUCGCACCCGCGUCUCUAAGCGACGGUCGCUCCAUUUGAUGUGUUUGAUUUCCAACAAGCCUGAAUGAAUGAAUAUUGAUGCUCAUGGGA